AUGAACACCACCAGCGGCACCAGCGAAUUGACCAUCACUUUUGAUGAUGGCAAGCACUCCCAGUACCACUACAUCUGGUUGCGCGACAACUGCCACUGCUCGGAAUGCUAUUACCCGCAGACGAAGCAGCGCCUCUUCAACCUGGCGUCUAUUCCUGACGAUAUCUCACCUAAAGACGUUGCCACAACCAACGAUGGCAUUUCCAUUACCUGGCCUGAUGGUCACCAGCUGACUUACGACACCCACUGGUUGCGGUUGCACGCCUACAACCCUAGACUCAUCCCGGCCAAGGAUAAGUUGGACCGGCUGAAACUCGCCAUUGACAAGUGGGCCGUCAAAGACAUGAAGGAUAACUUGCCUCGGGUGCUGUUUAAAGAAGUUAUGGCCGACGAUGCUAAGGUAGACGAGUGGGCGAUGAAGAUCUGGAAACACGGUUUCUGUUUGAUUGAUGAUGUCCCCGUCACUCCUGAAGAUACCGAAAAAUUGUGUGAACGGUUUGACUACAUCAAGCCCACUCACUACGGUGGCUUCUGGGAUUUCACCAGUGACUUGUCUAAGGCCGACACCGCCUACACCAACUUUGAUAUUAGCAACCACACCGACGGCACCUACUGGUCCGACACUCCUGGGCUCCAGUUGUUCCACUUGCUUUAUCACGACGGUACUGGCGGUACUACCCUGCUUGUGGAUGCUUUUAGAGCUGCGGACAUCCUUAAAGAGAAGCACCCUGAACUGUAUGAGAUCUUCUGUAAGAUCCCCAUCCCCGCCCACUCCGCUGGUGAGGAGAAGGUGUGUAUCCAGCCUGAUCGUCCUCGUCCCGUGUUCACUUUGGACGAGUUUGGCGACUUACAACAGGUGAGAUGGAACCAGCUGGACCGGUCGACGAUGGACGUGUGGGCGGAUCCUGCUGACGUGCCUAAGUUCUACCAAGCAAUCAAGCACUGGGUGAGCAUCAUUACCGACCCGGAGAACGAGUUGUUCUACCAAUUGCGUCCUGGCCAGUGUCUCAUCUUCGACAACUGGAGAGUGUUCCACUCGCGCACUGAGUUUACUGGUAAACGGCGUAUGUGUGGGGCCUAUCACAACCGCGACGACUUCUACAGUAAAGUGAAGCUUAUCGCCUUGGGUAGAGACGUCGUGUUGGAUGCGAUCUGA